AACACUACUCCAUCCUCCCCCCUCUUUCUCUCUCAGCUCCCCUACAUAAAUACUUCCCCUUUUCACUUGCUUUUCGUUCAAACUACCAUCCCUAGAAAGUCUGAUAACUUUUCUCUUUGUGUUUCUCUUAUCUGACUAGUGACUCCUAUUCUCUGCAAUUAAUUACUUCAUCACUGCUUUAGACUUCUACUUUCAGCUCUAGCGAAUCCUACGUAGAAAAGCCUAGCUAUCAGCUCCGUCAUCGUCUCUCGAAACUAAAGCAAAUCAUAAGGCACUCAUGAUAUAAUCACAACUUUAGCUCCUCCUUCAUCCCAUUCUCCUCUUCCUUCUUCCACCUCUUUCAUUUCUUACUAUUUCUGCCCCGCUACUACAUCCUUUUCACAUCAUUUAUUGAACUCUGAUCCUAUAUUCUUUGCCACCUCCUUUUCUAUUUAACUACCACAUGCGUCCCGUUGUGUGUCACUGAGCCCAGAUCUAUAGGUUCCCCAUGUUCACUGCCUCUCAGUCACACCCAGUAAUGCGAAGCUUCACACCUUUCCCGGACCUUUCUUUGAAUAUCAGCCCUCCAGAUUGUAAAGCGAAACAAGUCGAGAGUCACACUAAGGGAUUCGCAACCAAAAGGCCUCACAGUGAUAUGUGCUCCACCUCCGAUUCUGGAAGCAGCGAGAGUGAUUUAAGCCAUGAAAAUGCCUUUUCGCACCUUGGCUAUCGUGAGCCUACUUUGAGCUUAGGCAUCAAAAUGGCAGAUUUGAAUCCCCUUCCACUCCCAAGAAACGUGAAUCACUUUCACAACCCGCAACCUCACAUCUAUGGUCGCGACUUUAAACGAAACACCAGAGUCGUCUGCGGUGUGAAAAGGAGCAUCAGAGCUCCUAGAAUGCGAUGGACUACAACCUUACAUGCCCAUUUUGUUCAUGCUGUUCAACUUCUUGGCGGCCAUGAAAGGGCAACUCCAAAGUCAGUGUUAGAGUUGAUGAAUGUAAAAGAUUUAACCCUAGCACACGUUAAGAGCCACCUACAGAUGUAUAGAACAGUGAAAAGCACUGCCAAAUGCACAGGUCAUGGCCACACUGAUAUGGGAUUAGCCGUUGUCGCUGAGCAUGGAGCAGCCUCAGCUUGUGAGAGAACCCAUCUACCUCUGCCACUUCAAAGAUCUCACAACAACAAGGAAUCAUGGCAAUCAUCAACGGAGACAAGGACAAACGAUAGUAGACAAAAACCAGGAACGAGUUUGACGUAUUCUCAAGUGAAGGCAAACGAAAGCAUGGUGGUUGGAAGGUCAUUGUCAGAUUCUUCAGAUGAGACGCUUAACCUAGAAUUCACCCUUGGAAGACCCAGUUGGAACACAGACCAGACUCAAUCAUCAACAGACUUAACUUUUCUCAACUGUUAAACUUGCACUAUAUGUGCCCUUUCCCUGUCACCAACACUUUUGAUACCGAAAGCUGAACUGUUUUAUUGUGGAUGUGAAUGAUUUUGUUCCCAUGACAUGUCUUUUUGAGUUUGUCUGGAAAAAAGAGAAAGAAACUAAAUGGGAUAAGUCCUUCCUAUGAGACAUAUGCUUCAGUCCAAGAAUUCAUGAUCCUUGUCUUUCAUGUCCUCGUCAAAUGAAGGUAAGAUUGAGAGAAAGUAAUGUGGUUUUUAAUUUGCGCUUGGUUAGGACACCACCCAUUCGGCAAUAUAUUGACAUUGGAUGUGUGUGUGUGGGGGGGGGGGGUCAGUUUAUGUCUUGAUACCAUAACAUAUCAUUCUCAUCAA